AUGUUUUGGCUUAAAGGAAAGGUUGAGUUAGACCAAGACCAAGUUCCUCCUUAUAUUAAAUGGUUGUCUUUAGGACCAUGUAAUGUUUCACGAAGGUAUGUGGGUUAUAUUGUUAACGGAUAUAAAUUUUACACUAGAGCACGUGAUGCAAAAUGCAAAACUCAGAAUAGUGGGGUUACAUUGACAGCUUUAACAUCGAGUUUUGCGAUUACUAAGGAUCAUAAUCUCGUUACUGAAAAAGUUUUUUAUUAUGGAGUGAUACAAGGGAUCAUUGAGCUAGAUUAUUGGAGCUCGUUUAGUGUCAUGUUAUUCCGAUGCGACUGGUUUCAUGUAGAAAAUGAUGACUAUGGUUUUGCUCGUGUUAAUUUCAACAAGAAUUGUUAUUCAGAUGACCCUUUUGUGCUAGCUUCACAAGUGCAUCAAGUCUUUUAUGUUGAAGAUCAAAUAGAAGAGGGUUGGCAUUACACGAUAAAGAAUUUGCCAAAAGAGUUUUUUGGUUUCGAUGAAACAGAGGAAGCUUUUUUGGUUGAACCUAAUGAAGUUCUUGAUGAUAUGAUAGGGAAUAUGGUUAAUGAUAGUGAUGAUGUGAGAUGGUGUAGAGAAGAUAUACCUCAUACUGUUGUUGACAUGCAUGGCAAUACUUUCCCCAAUUAUUCCGAUUAUGCUUCUGGUGAGAACCAUGGAAAUGAAUGGAAUAUGGCUGGCUCAAAUUUAUCGUGUAUUGGUCCUUGA